AUGGAUAAUGUAUCUGUACUAACACUUUUUAUACUUUCAGGACUGAAUUACACAGUGCAGCACAGAAUCGUUCUCUUUGCUCUCACUGUACUGUGUUACUCAGUAAUUUGGAUAGUAAAUGUUGUUCUCAUCAUAACCAUCAUUGUGGACCGAAAACUUCAUGAGCCUAUGUACAUCUUCCUCUGUAACCUUUGUAUUAAUGGCCUUUAUGGGACAGUAGGCUUUUACCCAAAAUUCCUCGUUGAUCUUCUGUCUCCCUCUCAUGUCAUCUCUUAUGCUGGAUGUCUCCUGCAGAGUUUUGUGAUACACUCAUCAUCAGGAAGUGAGUUAUCAAUUCUUGCUGUUAUGGCUUAUGACAGAUAUGUGGCUUUAUGUCAACCACUAAUGUACCACUCUGUUAUGACUGCACAAAGAAUAUCUCUGUUAGUGGCCUUCUCUUGGCUCUUGCCUCUUUUUUGCAUGUUCAAUAACACAAUGACAAUUUUUCAGACAAAGUUAUGUGGCUCACACAUACCUAAACUUUACUGUUCAAAUGCACUGCUUGGUAAACUAGCUUGCUCUCCAUCUGUAGCAAAUACCAGUAUUGCAUAUUUCAACAUUGCUAUUUACCAUGUCCAUUUUUUCUUUCUUAUUUGGUCUUAUAUGUAUCUGGUCAAAACGUGCAUGAAAUCCAAAGAUAGCAGGAAGAAGUUUACGCAAACAUGUGUGCCACAUUUAGUCUCUUUAUUUAACUUUGGCUUUGCUGUGUUGUUUGAUUUAAUGUACACACGGUUUGCUUUGGGAAGGUCUCCACAGAGCCUUCAGAACUUCAUAGCAAUAGAAUUUCUUUUAAUUCCCCCCAUUGUGAAUCCUCUGGUAUACGGGUUAAAACUGACCAAAAUUCGUAACAGAAUUUUUUUUUUUUUUCAAGAACAGAAAGAAAGUGUCUUGACAGCGUAG